AUGUCAGUUUCCAGCAAUCGUGGACGUUUUAGUGAAGACGGUGUAUUGCCGCAUCUACUUCUUAAGAGCACUAAAAUCGUUUCUACCCUUGGCCCAUCAUCCGACAACGAAACGGUUAUGAAACAGUUGAUUGAACAUGGUGUCGACGUUUUUCGGCUCAAUUUCUCGCAUGGUACACAAACAGAAAAAGCUAGAACCAUCGAAUUAAUUCGUUCUAUUUCCAGUUCAUUACAUCGUCAUGUGGCCAUCAUAGCGGAUUUACAGGGUCCCAAACAUCGUUUAGGAGAAUUAGAAAACCAUGAAUCAAUAACAUUGAAAAAUGAACAAACAAUCAAAUUUGUAUCUGGUGAAAUACAACCAAUUGGAAAUAGUUCCGCCAUCUCAACAGGCACUCCACAUGCACAUAUACUAAUCAAACAUUUGUGCGUAGGACAUCGCGUUUUAAUUAAUGACGGUGCAAUUGUCUUAAAAGUGGAACAACGCUUAUCAGAAAAAGAAUUAUUAUGUCGUGUAAUAGUUGGUGGCACUGUCGGUGAAAGGAAAGGUGUUAAUGUGCCUGAUUUACACAUUCCAACUGAUGCAUUAACAGACAAAGAUGAAGAAGAUGCUAUAUUUGCAUUAGAAAAAGAUGUUGAAUAUAUAGCCUUGAGUUUUGUACAAGAACCUGCUGACGUUAUCAAAUUACGUAAUUUAUUACAAAAAAACUUGCCAUCUACUGAUCAACAGUUACCAAAAAUAAUAGCUAAAAUUGAAAAACCACAAGCUAUUGAUGUAAUUGAUGAUAUCAUUAUUGUUGUUGACGGUAUAAUGGUUGCAAGAGGUGAUUUAGGUGUAGAAUGUAGUUUUGAAAAAGUGCCAACAUUUCAAAAAAUGUUAAUCCAUAAAUGCAAUUUAGCUGGAAAGCCUGUAAUCACAGCAACUCAAAUGUUGGAAUCAAUGAUAAAUAAUCCGUUUCCCACAAGGGCUGAAGCAAAUGAUGUGGCUAAUGCUGUUUAUGAUCAUACUGAUGCUGUUAUGUUAAGUGGUGAAACAGCUAGUGGUAAAUAUCCAGUUGAAACUGUAGAAGCAAUGCGUGCAAUUGUUGUUGAAGCUGAAAAAAAUAUUCAAAACCGUGAAAUUAAAUCGCCACAACCCUUCGAUUAUGCUAUUGUUAAAUCGGCUGUUGCCGCUACUCAUGGUGUACAUGCUGCUGCUCUUAUUCUAAUUUGUGUUUCAUAUGAUUUAGGUUUAUAUAUCUCUAAAUUACGUCCACCAUGUCCUAUCGUUAUAGUUACUUUUACAUCAAAAUUAGCACAAUUCUUCGAAUUAAAUUAUGGCAUACAUACUAUUGUAUUGAAUGACAGUCUUGACAAAGAAACAACCACAGAUAGUUUAUUGAUGACAAUAGAAGAAGAACUUGAAAAUAGAAAAUGGCUGAAACAAGGCGAUCAUUUUGUAUCUUGUUGUGGAGAGGCAGGACUACCUGGUAUAAGAAAUACGCUAAAAUUAGGUAGAUUAGGCGAGCUUCGUGUAACAUAUAAAAAACGUGUAGGUUGGAAGACAUUAAUGGAACGAGCACUUAUUAAAGAACGGAAGUAA